AGCGCUAUCGCAGGAAGGAAAAAACUGUCUUUGCUUCUCAAACCCUUGCAAUCGCUGCACUUUUACGAUGACACGCAAAAAAAUUUGUGAUGCGUCACAUGAUGCUGCGAGAGAAAUGAACAGGCAUGAAGCGCCGGCCUUUUCCUGCAUGAUGUCCUCGAGCAUGACAAAAGACUGUCUCAACAAGGACGUUCCGCAUUUAUAAUACAAGUUGAGACUGAGACACGAGUUUUUCUUUUUUCUCACGAUAAGCCCGACGGAUGCGAACACUUCGAGUACGACGACCGCGGAAUAUCAAAUGUAGAAAUGUCUGGGUCUGGAAGAAUGCAUGUUUGUCAUGCUUGUCUGGCAUGACUCUUAAAUCUGUCAUACACGUUACCCAAGAGCCGCAUUUUUCUGUCAUGCGGAGACGCAGUUUGUCAUGCAGAAUAGGCAACACCUACAAGCUCAGAAAUUUGUCAUGCAGAGCCAGCACUUGUGGCCCCCUCAUGCUACGCCACUCAGCAUCACAAGUUUCCAGACAUCCAGACAUUUUUGCAGUUCAUACGGAAGGCGCUGGGUCA